AUGUCGAAUGUCACAUUCCCGACGCCCUCUGCGAGGAUAAAGAAGAGGGCCAUAAUCUUCGUCCUGACCAUCGACACUCGGAAUAAACCACCCACUUUAAGACCACAGCCAACUUUUUGCACCCUCUUCUUUGUCGCUAUGGUUAUCGAAGGCCUUCCUCCUCGUGACGUCACCUGCUUUCUCAGCUACUUCGUUGACCAAAACCCAUACUUCUACGUCGCCGACCCUUCCGAAGGCGUUCCUCGAACGACCCUCGAUGAGAACUUGAAGCCAUGCGAUGAUACCAUUCACGACGCACGCGGCAAAAAGGACUCACUCUCACUCGAUACCACGGGCUUCGCGUCCAUUCGCUGGUCCAGCAUGAAGAAGACCUUCGGAGAUGAGGAGGCUAUCAAGAGUUGA